AAUGCAAAACUAUUGCGAGGUAAUGCAAAGUUUAUUGCGUGGAAACCCAAAGCUAUUGCGAGGGAAGGCAAACAGCAGCUCAAGAAAAUACAUCACUAGGCUACCAUGAUCUUUAGGCCCGUUUCUCACUGGCUGCGUCACUACCUGUCUUUUCACGGAUUUUCACUUUCAAGGUGCAUGCUCUGACUUGUUAACAUGGGCGUCGAAAUGACAACCAACAGGGGCUCCGUGCUAGGAUACAAUCAGAAAGAAACUAGAUUCAUUUGAAAAUAGGCUGCUAUAUUGUUCAGAUCGAUUUAUAAAGAAGAGGCAAUUAUUUAGUUGUCGGUUUUUUUUAUUCUGUGAACCAAUCAAAAAGUCAUAUAGCAACAACUCCCCAACUCGCAUCCAAUAGAGGCGAUGUGUAUUCCAUUUUGAUGAACUUGUUUAACCUCAGUUUGUUUGGGCUGAAUCCAGACCCUCGGCCCAUCCAAUCACAUGUUGGACAAUAGUCACGCCUACCAUAAGGGUUUCUUUUUUAACCCAUUGUGGCCUGUUUCAUUAUUAGUAAAUGCUGCUUGUGUUUCAGUAACGCAAUCAAGAAAUACGCUGUAGUGAAGUAAUGAGUUCAUGUCAAACAUAAUAUUAAAUAAAGUAUACCAGGAUGUACAUUAUGUUGAAUACUUAGUAUACCAAAUUAUAACGUUGUUAAUAAACCCUGAAUGCCCCCUAUAAUAUCGUUGGAGAGGUCGCACUUGGAUUAUCAAACAUGAUAAAUUAAAUACAGACUUGGGAACGGGGGCAUACAAGAUGGGCAUUUUUGUUAAAUGUAAAUAAAUUAAGCUAACAGAGGAUAAACAGGAUAAAUCUAUUCUCUCCACUAGUGUUUACAAAAACAGCGGAAUGUCGUCACUCUCUCCAUCCAAUCCGGAACGUGAAGUGUCUCAUGUAAUAGAAUUUGCUUCCACUCGGACAAUUUUCCAUUCAUUACAUAGCGGCAAUGGCAGCACUGAGGAAGGCACUCCAUGGACGCUUCAUUCAGCCCCUCCCCUUCUGCCUGGGGUCAUUGCGGUUUGCCAGCUCCUCUUUCAAGGCUGCCGAUCUCACCAUCGAGAGGAACUCCGCACCCAAGCCCAAGCCCGACCCCUCAAAGCUGCUGUUCGGCAAGCAGUUCUCCGAUCACAUGCUGACCAUCUAUUGGUCGGAGAAAGACGGAUGGCAGGCCCCACAAAUCAAGCCCUUCCAGAACCUCUCCCUCCACCCAGCAGCCUCUGCCCUGCACUACUCUAUAGAGCUGUUUGAGGGCAUGAAAGCAUUCCGUGGAGUGGACAACCACAUUCGCCUGUUCAGGCCCAUGCUGAACAUGGAGCGCAUGCAUCGCAGUGCUGACAGGUGCUGCCUACCGCCGUUUGAAAAAGCCGAGAUGCUGGAAUGUAUUCGGAAACUGGUGGAGGUGGACCAGGACUGGGUGCCUCAAUCUGCAGACGCCAGUCUGUACAUCAGGCCCACAUUCAUUGGGAUUGAGCCUUCACUGGGUGUGUCACGAGCUAGCCAUGCGCUAAUCUUCGUCAUCAUUGGCCCCGUCGGGCCUUACUUCACCACAGGAACCUUCAACCCCGUUUCUCUCUUGGCCGACCCUGCCUUCGUCAGGGCCUGUAGGGGGGGAGUGGGGGCCUACAAGAUGGGAGGUAACUAUGGCCCCACGAUAGCGGUCCAGAGCGAGGCCCUGAAGCAGGGCUGUCAGCAGGUCUUAUGGCUGUACGGGGAUGACGAGCAGAUCACAGAGGUCGGCACCAUGAACCUCUUCAUCUACUGGACCACGGAGUCAGGAGAGAAGGAGCUGCUUACUCCCCCUCUGGACGGCAUCAUACUUCCAGGAGUCACCAGGCAGUCUCUGCUGGACCUUGCCCGGCAGUGGGGAGAGUUUAAAGUGACAGAACGCACCAUUACAAUGAAAGAGCUCAUUGGCGGUCUGGAAGCUGGACGGAUUCUGGAGGUGUUUGGUGCUGGCACCGCCUGUGUUGUCUGCCCUGUAGGAAGCCUGCUCUACAAAGGACAGACCUACCAGAUUCCUACCAUGGAGAAUGGCCCAGACUUGGCAAAAAGAUUCUUCAAAGAGCUCAAUGACAUACAGUAUGGACACAAACAGAGCGACUGGGCCCCUCUGGUUGUCUGAUUGGCCCCUGCGCCUGCCAGUCAUGACCAUGACAUUCUUCCAUAUGCAAAAGGAAAAGAAUUUGUGCUCCAGUCCGCCUCCCUCUUCACCCACCCACUCAUCUCCUGCACUCUUCCUGACUGGGUGACUGUGUGACUGAGAUGGACAGGUGUUAACUGGUGCUCCCAGGUCACAUUGAAUCCAGUUUUUUUUGUUAUUAUUCUGUUUUGUUUUUCCCGUGUAUCUUUUUAUGUAGACUUUUAAAGGGACUUGGGUACUGAUGCGUCUGAUUUUUUACUCUAUCACAGAGCAACCACUAGAUGGAAAGUUAUGCACUGCAGUGAAUGGGCCUCAUGGGUCUUGGCUUUAAAAUCAGACAUCUAGAGAAUUUACUGGAAUCCCCCACCCACACACACACACACACACACACACACACACACACACACACACACACACAAACGAAAGCCUUUGUUAAACAAUCCACUGUCUUAGCAGAGCACAACUGCCUCCCAAGGCACACGUCCCCCAAGCUAGCAAAUAGCACACGAUACCAGAAGAAGCUAAGCUUCAUGAAUGCACAACAGACUGACCCACAUUCACAUCCUUCUUUUCUUCAUGCAGAUGUUCAGUUUAAAGGACACAUGUUCUGUUGUUGUCAAACAAUGUGGUGUUGGGGGGGGGGGGGGGGGGCAAAACAGGUACUAUAGGAACAAGAUGUUAAUGGUCACUCAGAAAGCAUUGCCUUUUUUUUUAAUGUAGCCGUACCGUUGUAAUCAUUUGGUUAUAUGAACUGUACAGAGGAACUAAAAUGUUGUCAUUGGGAUACUGCUAUUUUCUAUGAUGCUGUAUGGACAUAGGUUUUUGUUUUUUAAUGGGCCAGGCAAACAACUGUUAUAUCAUGCUAUAUGCACAUUCACUCCGGUGGUUCUUUUUCUUUUUCCUCUAAGAAUCAUAGAUUGUUUUUUUUGUUAGUUUUUCCAAGUCUGGGUGAAUGAGAGUGUGUCUGUAUGUGUGUGUGCAUGCAUAGUUUUUUAAGUCUAUUUCUUUGAUGCAAGUUACUACUAUAACAACUUGUUGUCGAAACCAGCUUGAGAUUAAAUUGUAGCGGUCAAGUCGAACCUGCACGCACAAAUGAAGAACUUGUAUGUAAGCUGCAUAGUAAAGCCGGAGCCAGACCACUUUCUAGAAAAUGCUAUCAGGAACACUACUGCACUAGGUUACGUGUCAUGUUAUGUGCAUUGUUUGUGUGUUUGUGUUGACGGUACAGUGCAUUUUGUUUAGUCAUCUUGUAGGACGAUGGCAAAGAUUGUCUUGGAUUUUAACUUAUUGUAGUUUUGUUGCUAAAGUGUGGAACUCCUGUAUCUUGUACGUUUGAUAUAGUUACCCUACCUGUAACAGGCCUCAUUUUUCUUUGUUUUUUUUCCCAUUUGUUUGUAUUCCUGUUUUCUUUAGCCUGCCUCUGCCUCUGCUUUUAAUGUUUCAAACGACACCGCAUCCUUCUCUUACCUUGCCUCUCUAAGUGCCUGAUGGAAUAGGAUGUAGUCAGAAGGGGGCUGUGUUCUUGUGCUCUAUACUCUUUGGGAGCGUCAGCAUCUCCAUUCAGGGAUUUGCUGCCAAGUCUUUUAGUGGGUGUUUUUACUGUACUUUUUUUUGUUUGUUUGUUUUAUUGAGGUGUUGUUGUUAUUCCUACCUUUGUUAACCUAUUUUUACAAUAAAUGUGUCUAUCAACUUUA